AUGAUUCAGGAAAGACUACAGUCUUAUCAGAAAAGUGAUUCAGGGUAUCAAUUAGGACUCAAAUUGUUGUCCCAUCAAGAUAAAAAUGUGAGAUAUUUUGGGGCAUUGACAAUAACCGUAUUUCUCAAUACUCAUGACUCGGGAGAUAUUUAUACCACUACAUUUGACCAGAUACUAGAGAUCAUUGUUUUUCUUAUUAACGAGGAUUUUGCUGGCAAUUCAUUUAUUAUCAAGAAAUUACUUAGUAACUUGUCGUUACUAUUUGUUUCUAACUAUGCUUCUUCAAAUAUUGAUCCUGUGGAAAGACUUUCAGCAGUGAUUCUGCUGACCGAUAACAAUCCAUUACCAACAUCCAUUAUUGAUCGUUUGCAUGACCAAAAACAACUUGAAAUAGUGAUCCAAUUCUUGACGAUUCUUGUGGAGGAUAUUAUCAAAGUUCCAAAGUUAUCCCCAUCACUUCAUAAUUUGAUCCAUUCUACGAUUUUCAAUCACUGCCGACAGUUGUAUGAACAGAUAGGGUACCAAGUAUCGCUACAUAUCCACAAUCAGAUGUUAGAUUGUUUAAGUUCUUGGGUGGUUUAUAUAUCUGUUGCAGAGACUCUGUCAGAUCAAAGAUAUACCGACGAUAUGGGAAUCUUUAUUCAGUAUUUGUUGAAUCAGUUUAGUUUACAAGAAGGUGAGUUAAAUCUUGAGUCUUUGAAUAAGGUCUUCACCGUAAUGACUGAAAUAAUUGAUCACAUCCCAAGGGUUUUAACUCCGUUUAAGUCGACCAUUUUCCUGCUUUUGUUUGCUAAUAAUAGUUUUGGCGUCAAUUUCAUAAAAACAGUCCUCAAUGACUCAGAUUUUAGAGAAAUGUAUUCCCUGGAGAUAGAAAAUUUUGUUAAUUUGGUAAUUUCUUAUCUAACAUUGAACUUGGUACUGAUUACAAGAAACAUUCUCGAUGACGAAGUAUUCAAUGUACUUCAAAUCGCCAUCUCGUUAACGAAUACACCAGGAAUUGCCAUAGAGGAUGAAAAGACAAGUGAUCAGUUUAUAUUAUUCUGGGAGGAAUUCACGAAUACAUUUAUUGAUGAUGGUGAAGCAAUGAAAGCCAUAUUUCAAGAUGAAGCAACUGUUUUACGGUUCAAUUCUCGCCGAGACGAGGUUUUGAAUCAGGUAGCACAGAUAUAUUUCAAGAAAAUCAACUGUUAUCCCGGGAUAUCAAAAGAAUUCAGACAAUAUCGAGUCUCUGUUGCAGAUAUGUUUAUACUAUUUUAUUCAUUAUUGAGUGUCCCAUUCUAUGCCUACAUUUGUGAUCUGGUGAGCUAUAGUUUGUCAGUGCCAAACAAAACCGAAGAAGUAGUUAAUAACUUAGAGUCUGCAUUAUACCUCAUAUUCAAAAUUACUGAUGAUAUUUACUUUUAUGAUAAUUCAAGUGAUUCUGAAACUAGUUUAACACCAUUGGUUGAUGGAUUCUUCAGCAAAAACUUGGUGGGUAAUAUUCAAGGUAUUCCUGAUUAUCUAGAUAAACAAAUAAGUGUGACGCUUUUGAACUUGAUGUCUUCGUUGUCAUUUUUCUACAAGAACGACAUUGGCAGUCAGUAUUUGCCUGAUACAUUCAAUUUUUUGUUCACCAUUAUUUUGCAUAGCCAAACUGAUAGUCUUUCGUUAAUUGCUUCCAGAACCGUUUACAAAAUAUGCCAAGAUUCCGAGGAAAAACUAAUUCCAUUUUUGCCAAAUCUAGAGAUGAUAUUGUUGGAAAUGUUGAAGAAUCCCGCGGUUGACAAUUUAAUUCGGGAAAGAAUGACAAAUUCGUAUGUAUCUGUUGCCAGGUCCACUAAAAAUCCUAUUGAUUUAGGUAAUAGAAUUCAUGAAAUUUUGUUAGAGAUAAACUCGAGAAUUGGUGAGGCUGACGAGGAAUACGCUGUUAGUUUGGUUUCUUGUAUUAGUGAAAUGAGUAAAGCUGGUACAUAUCCAGAAGAGAUUGAAGACUAUUUAACACCAGAUCAAUUACAGACAGCCAAGGCUUAUUGGACUGAAGAUCCAUUGAAUGUUAGAAAUCUGGUAUUGAAUAGUUUGACUCAAAUUUCAUUGAAUGGUCCAGAUUUUUUAAUGAAAAGUUCCAUUGUUACUGAAAAAUGUUGUAUUGUUUUAAAAUCAGGAUUAAGAGAAGAAAUUCCAGGUCCAUUUACAUUUGAACUUGAUGUUAUACUACAGUAUCUUAUCUCCAAGGCCAGAUGUUCUGACUCACAAUCCAUCUUGACAAUCCAGAGUUUGAUCGAGACUAUAAUGAUCACUCACGGAAAGAGAAUUAAUGAUAAUUUACUUCAAGAAUUAGUGGAAACAGUUUUCAAUAACCAUGAUUCGUCAGACGUAGACGCAAUCGCCUCAUCCUUGGAGAUGUUUACCACUAUUCUUGACCGUAAACCAGCAUUUCUAUUGCAGUGGUCAAAUUUUGACAAAGUUAUUGGUUGUGGAUUACAUGCUUUGUCAAUGAAUGUUCCACAUACGUUACAACGUAUAAUUAAGUUUUUCAACACAUUUAUUAAUUUGAAGAAAGGUAGUCGUCAUGAGCAAGAACGCGUUCGAGAAAUAGUAAUCUCAAAUAUCGGUAGCACAUUGGUUGAAUUUUUAUUCAAAAGUUUUGUCAUGGCCCCCAGAUCUGCAAUUGAUCAUUAUUAUCCACUUUUCAGAACAUUGAUUGCAAAAUUCCCACUAGAAAUUAAAAAUUGGAUGGCACAAUUACUUGGUACCGUUGGAAAGGCACCAUUAGAUGGUGAACAAACAGAAUUGUUUAUAAAUAAAUUGAUCAUUACUAGAGGACAAAGACAAGCUCAAGAUGUACUAAAAGACUUCUGGCUACAAGUAAAUAAACUAUCAAAAACAAAAUACUAA